GCAAGAAAAUUCUACAAAUUCCGAAGCAAAAAGGCAAAACUAUUUUUAUAUUAUUUCAAUUUUUACGCGUUUAUUAUUUGAAAGAAAAAAAUUAUAAAAUUCACUCGCUAUCGCCGCUUUCAACGCAUCACAUUUUCGCUUCAUUUUUGCUAUAGAAUAAUUGGUGAAGCAAUAAAAAAAAGCAAUAAUUUUAUGCGAAAAUGUGUGAGCACUAUUGUGACGAUUUGGAAACCUUCAAUCCCGAAAUUGAAUACCAAAAGUUCUUAAAACGUAAGCCCAUCGUACAGACGGCAAAGUUGUAUGAGCAGUUGCAUACGCGCGAGAAGAUUAAGUGUCCUUACAACUUCAAGGGCUAUGGCGUUGAGACGGAUAAGAACACUAUGUAUCGCACGUGCAAUUCCGAGUAUGGCUACUAUGCUCCAAAUGCCUACACGAUACCCACCCGUUACUUUCCGUUGUCGCAGAAAUUUUCAAAUGAACUUCAUCGCUGCGGCAUGUAUCGCAAUUUCUCGCUUAACACGCUUAUGGAUCGUGCUUAUUUUUAAGUGGAGUCAUAUACCUACAUACAAAUGUGUUCUACAGAACGCGGCGGGUUUUAUAUUCAUGAAAUUGACAUAUUUAACUAUUUCAUUUCGAGAUAUCUGUACUGUAUAAUUACUUCAUCUAUGAUUGUCAGUGCACCAUAAUAAAUGCACUAUUCAAACUAAAUAAAUUAAUGCGUUCCAGCACCGGCUAUAAAAGGAACUUGAAAAAAGAGAA